UUUCUGAGAGGUUUGUAAAUGUCAUCAAUAAAAUCUGUGUUGAUAUGAUUGAUUAGAUGUAACCUUUCAUGUUUUUAAGAUUUUGGUAGGAAGAAUCAUUGUAAAUGGAAGAGAUACUAUCUUGUUUUUAGUAUUAUAAGUGAUAAGUUUUGGUUCUAAUUUACAGGCAUUUUAUAAAUACACAGUUUUGUACCAAGGGAUGUACUAGCAAAGUAAGGAAGCAUCAAAUUACUUUGCCUUGUGUUAACUAGCUCUACACAUAAUGAGGUUGGCAGAAGUUCUUAUUGCUAGUCUCUACCUCAUGGUUGGCUGUGCAGCAAUAUCCCACCCUCUCUCAGUCAAUCUUGGUUCUAGCUCUUGGACAAUGCAGAAUAGUAAUGGGAGUAUUCGAGUAGGAGCUACAGUGCCAGGAGGAAUAUACACUGACUUACGCACUGCCAAUAUUCUCACUGAAGACAUAUUUUACCGCUUCAAUGACAUUGAUUAUCGUUGGGUUGCUAGAGACAAUUGGACAUAUUCAACAUCGUUUGAUGUUGACCCACAGUUGUUGACAAAGGACAAAGUGUACUUGGAGUUUGAGGGGUUGGAUACUGUUACUCGGGUGUUGCUCAAUUCUCAACUGCUCGGAGAAACUAAAGAUAUGUUCAUCCUCUACCGUUUUGAUGUGAAGAAUUUACUGAAAACAUCUAACAACAGCCUGGAAGUCCAGUUCACCUCUGCUAUCUGGGCAGCGAAACAGUUCUCUACUGAGACGCCAUACUUGGUACCUCCAGUCUGCGUUCCUCAGGAGUUUCAUGGAGAGUGUCAUGCCAACUAUAUACGCAAGAUGCAGGCUUCUUUUGCUUGGGACUGGGGCCCUGCCUUCCCUUCUGUUGGGAUCUGGAAAAACGUGACUUUGCGUGCAUACAAUGUGGCAUUUGCAAGACACGUGACUGUUGAGACUAUACCAGACUCGUCAUACUGGAAUGUAACUGUGACCCUGUACCUGGAUGUUGUUAACAAUGUCACUGGCACUCUCUCUACUACCCUGAUACUGGGUGACACAAACAUCACUUCCCAACAACAAGCCUCCAUCUCCUCUCAGCAUAACAAUGCCACAACUACCUUCUGUGUACCCAAGGACCAAGUGGCUAUGUGGUGGCCCAAUGGGUAUGGCAGUCAGGCCUUGUAUCAGCUCUUUGUGGGAUUCCAGUCUCAACAAGAGACCACUCAGACUUCUGUCCUUGUUGGCUUCCGCACCAUAAAAUUAGUUCAGGAAGAAGCCGUUCCCAACAAACCAAAUAAAGGCUUGACCUUCUACUUUGAAGUGAAUGGGGUAGCAGUAUUUGCAAAGGGCUCCAACUACAUCCCAGCACACAUCCUUCCUGAGUUGGGGGCUGAACCAGCUCUCCUGCACAGGAUACUGACAGGAGCAAGGGAUGCCAACAUGAACAUGCUACGCGUCUGGGGGGGUGGUAUCUAUGAGUCUGAUCUUUUCUAUCAGAUCUGUGAUGAGCUGGGAAUACUCAUCUGGCAGGACAUGAUGUUUGCAUGCAGCAUGUAUCCGGCAACAGAUGAGUUCCUGGCAACAGUUGCCACAGAGGUGACACAGCAGAUACAGCGGUUGCAGCAUCAUCCCUCCAUAGCCAUAUGGGCUGGCAACAAUGAAAAUGAAUCAGCUCUUCGAGACAAUUGGUACGGAACACAGGCAAAUUUCAGUCUGUUUAAGGCAGACUACAUCAAACUGUAUGUGGAUACAAUGCGGCCGAUUGUUCUGAGUUUAGACAAAACUCGGAGUUAUGUCACUUCUAGUCCAUCAGAUGGAAAAGAGACAGAGAGAGAAGGAUUUGUCGCUGAGAAUCCUUCAGAUACAAGAUAUGGUGAUGUUCAUUGGUAUCAAUAUACUCUGGACUUGUGGGACUCUGCGGUAUUCCCGAAAACCCGUUUUACGUCAGAGUAUGGGAUAAUGUCUUUGCCAUCAAUUGAAUCAUUCACUAACAUCACACUGCCUGGCGAUCUCUCACUGUCCUCCGAGUUCAUGAACAGCAGACAGCAUCAUCUUGGCGGUUAUGAGCAAAUCACUCUUCAAACUCAGUACAACCUUUAUAUACCUGAGAAUGCUGAUCUAGAGACAUUUAUCUAUCUGAGUCAGGUAAACCAAGCCAUGUGUAUCAAGACAGAGACAGAAUCUUACAGACGAGGGCGCAACUCGGUAGAUCACCUUGGCCAAGGGUUGACUAUGGGAGCUCUCUACUGGCAGCUCAAUGAUGUGUGGCAAGCUCCAUCCUGGUCCUCACUCGAACUAAGCGGGAAAUGGAAGAUGCUACACUAUUUUGCAGUUAAUUUUUUUGCACCAAUUUUGGUAUCUCCCAGUGUAGACAUUACGAAGCAACUUAGAGUUCAUGUAAUCUCAGAUCUCAACUUGAACACAUCAAUGAAUGCAGAAGUUCAAUUGAAUGUGUAUAACUGGCAUUCAUUUACUCCUGUUCUUACAGAGACAUAUCCAAUUACCAUGAUGAAAGCACAAGUGAUAGACUUGGGAUCUUGGAACAGUGUCGGACUGCUGCAUUCUAUAGACGACUGCAGGUAUGGAGGUCAGCCAGAAGAGAACUGUUUCUUCUACUUUUCCAUUCUGGCAAGCGAUGGUUUGACCAAGCUAGGACCUGACAACUUUUAUUUUCCUGUGCCGUUGCAUUCCAUUAAUGGACCAUCUAGACCUAACAUUCAGGUAGUGGACGUGACACCUGGGAAAGAUGAUCGAGAAGUGGUAGUUACCCUGAGCUUUGACGCUAUUGCUCUGUAUGUUUGGCUUGACGCUGUUGGUGUAGCAGGUCAUUUCUCCCACAACGGUUUUCUGCAGAUCACUAACUGCACACAGCUGACCUUCACUGCUGAGCAGCCAGUUGAUGUGCAAGUCUUCAGUUCGUCACUAGUAAUCAAAUCAUUACCACUGCCUUCAGAUUCUCUAUGAAUGAAUCAGAAAGCAAUGAUUUUUUGACAAUUGUUAUAAAAGUGUUUAAAAAUAAACUUCAGUACACUGUU